GCAGAAAGAAAAGAGGGGAGGAGAGAGAGCUAAAAAAGGAGAGAAAUCUACGGUGAUGUCUGUCAGGCUGCCUAACAAGUUUCCUUAAAGUUUGGUUGAUAAAACCAUCAUGUGGACGGCCUUCUAUGGAGGACCUGAACAUGUGAUUAGAAAAGUUUUUUUAAGAUUUUGGUUUAAAAGAAGCAUGCUCUGCUUGCAUAAGUUAAUAUCUGAAGAAGUAUAAAAUAAAGUUACUAAAAAAACUGUUAUUUUGAAGAUUUUUGUGGUCAUUUGAUUAGCUGAUUCUUAUUCAGAUCUUUAGCCACUGAAGUAAUUAUCUUUUUCCUUCUUUUCAUUCAUUUUGUCCCAUAAAUAUAAGUGUUUAAUGUUCGUACACAUCACCUUCGAUUAGAUUCGUAAAAAGAGGAUUUMCUGUGAUUUAGCUUCAGUUUAGAUAAGGAUCAGUGGGCAUUCUUACCUGUUCUAAAAAACAUCAAAAGAUCCAUAUUUCCUCACGAAAACGCACAGUUUUGAUCUAAGUAAUCACGUCGAUGAAGCUUUGAAGGCUACAGCUUAAGGGUAAUAUCUCACUGCAAAAGUUGAACAUUUGUCGGAUACUCAAAGUUGUGAGAAAAUGAUGAGAAUAAAAGAAAAAACAGAGUUAUACACCUGAUUCUGAGUGUUUGUUCCAGCRCUGUGAGCUACUAGUUUAAAUUGUUACCAUUUUUCAUGGUAAAAUUACCUUUUUUCUUAUUUUUAAGUUAGGUUAAUAUUCUGGUUGACUUCUUUGGGAGUCUGCUGGUGUUGUACAGAAAGAAGUGCAUUAAAGAAUGACAAAAAUUAAGCGUCUGACCAGUUUGUCCACCUCAGUUAUUCUUUAACUCGUCUGUAAUUUUCUUGCUUGCUUCUAAACAAAUAAAAUUAAAGUUUUCCUAAAAUCCAUCCUGUUUUGACCACUUUCCAGUGUUUCUCUCCAGUGCCCACAUCCCCCCCUCCUUUUUUGUUUUUUUUUAGCUCUCCCUUGACUCCAUGUUCCUUUUUAGGGAUUAGCUGAAGGACCUGGAAGUCCCGGGAGGCCCGUAGCUUUCUGUCCUGGUUCUCAGGGUGACCUGGCAGCACUUCCCUCCAGAGCAAAGCCUCGUGUAUUUAGAGGGACGUGUUACGAAGGGCCUCGGGGCCUGGUGGGACGUGCCGGUUACAGCAGCUCGACUCCAUCAAAACAGCUUGUUUACGGUUUUAUAGUCGGUGUCGUGUGGGCUGGUAAAUGAGUCGAAUCAGCUCGUUAACACUGACAGAUGCUCAUAACUGCGUAUCGAUCUCAUGUUGGAAUGUUGCUCUGUAAGUGAUCCCUGCGUUAAUGUCAAAAACAAAGUGCUUUUCUGCCCUUUUAUGUGCUUCGAGCACGAAGGAACGAGUGAAAGAAGCGGGCUCGAGGCCAUUGUAAACACUCCUAACUUGACAGUCACCAGGGUUAUGAAGACAAGACUCCCUCCAUAUUUCAAACCGCUUAACUGUCUUACCAGAUCUCGCCUUGUUUCUCCUUGCUCCUACUCGUUCUCAGCAAUCUGCUUUGUGGCGUGAUACARGAGACGGAGCGCAGUAAAUCACCAGAUAACAUAAGGAAGCUGUGCAGCCUGGAUUGAUCAGCCUUGUUAUUUUCCCAUCUGCUAACAGGGAAAUGAUUAGCCAGACGUGACUGAUUCAGGGUGGGAAAUAUCAAACCAGGCCCACCUUUCAUCAGAGUAGCGAUCAGCCUUGAGUGUUUUUUUUUCUUUUUUCUUUUAAUUUUAAAACAGAAAACAGUGAAAAGGGGAAAAAAACUGGACGGUUAAAAACAUGUCAGAUUCAUGUUUCUUGUUACUGAUUGGACAAUUAUUAUUUUUAUAAUUAAAUCCCCUCUGAUUUUGCUUUUAUAAAUUGAUCAUAUGUGUAUUUCACAGAAAAAACCUGUUAAUUUACUUUUCUACUUCUUCUCAGAUAUCAACAGAGAGUUGUGCGAGGACUCCAUGAACCACUCGGUUAGCUCAGCGUCGAGCCUGGACAGCCACGCCCACUCCGAGAGCAGCAGCCAAUCACAAACCACGAGGUGGGAGGAGCAACAGAAGCUCCUUGCUCUGGAGCAGUUGUGCGGUGUUUUUAGGGUGYACCUGGGUCACAUGAGGUCACUGAGACUCUUCUUCAGUGAUGAAGCGUGCACUAGUGGCCAGCUUGUGAUAGCCAGCAGAGAGAGCCAAUAUAAGAUCCUGCACUUCCAUCACGCCGGCCUGGACAAGCUGGCCGAGGUCUUCCAGCAGUGGAAGUGCUGCAGGGAAACUCAACCUAAAGAUCAGGUGUCAGAUGAAAAGUCUUGCAUGCAGUUUUCCAUCCAGCGGCCGACCCUGCCGUCCGCCGAGACCCACCCGGAGGAGAGGCUGUACCGACGGCUGGACGUCACCACCUGGCUGCGUCACCUCAACCACAGCGGACAGGUGGAGGAGGAGUACAAGCUGCGCAAGGCCAUCUUUUUCGGCGGUAUCGACCCAUCCAUCCGCGGCGAGGUGUGGCCCUUCCUGCUGCACUACUACAGCUACGACUCCACCUCUGAGGAGAGAGAGACCUGGAGGCAGCAGAAGCGUGCUCACUAUCGCGACAUCCAGCAGAGGAGAUUGUCCAUGAGCCCAGAGGAGCACAGCGAGUUCUGGAGGAAGGUCCAGUUCACGGUGGAUAAAGACGUGGUCAGAACGGACCGCAGCAACCAGUUCUUUAGAGGAGAGAAUAACCCCAACGUGGAGAUCAUGAGGCGAGUUCUGCUCAACUACGCCGUCUUCAACCCCGACAUGGGUUACUGCCAGGGCAUGUCCGACCUGGUCGCCCCGCUGCUCACAGAGAUCCAGGACGAAAGCGACACCUUUUGGUGCUUUGUCGGCCUGAUGGAGAACACCAUCUUCAUCAGCUCCCCGCGGGAUGAAGACAUCGAGCGGCAGCUGAUGUACCUGCGGGAGCUGCUGCGACUCAUGCUGCCGCGCUUCCACCAGCACCUGACCCGGCUCGGGGAGGACGGGCUCCAGCUGCUCUUCUGCCACCGCUGGAUCUUGCUUUGCUUUAAAAGAGAGUUCCCUGACACUGAGGCCCUGCGCAUGUGGGAGGCCUGCUGGGCUCACUACCAGACGGACUACUUCCACCUGUUCCUGUGCGUGGCCAUCAUCGUUCUGUACGGAGAGGACGUAACGGAGCAGCAGCUCGCCACCGACCAGAUGCUGCUCCACUUCAGCAACCUCUCCAUGCACAUGAACGGAGAACUGGUGCUCCGCAAGGCCCGAAGCCUUCUGUACCAGUUCCGCCUCCUUCCCAGGAUCCCUUGCAGCCUUCACGACCUUUGUAAACUGUGCGGCCCGGGGAUGUGGGACAGCCGCUACAUCCCCACCGUGGAGUGUUCAGGCGAACACCCGGACUCGCAGAGCUGCCCCUAUGGAGGCACGUCCACUCCUCAGAACUCCUCGCCCUCCCCGUCUUCCUCACCCAACCACACGCCCACGCCUCCACCGGUCAGCAAGAGAGGCUCCAAAAAACGGGACAUUUUCACCUUCAGGAAGCAGUCCUGAGGAGGGAACCUGUCCGAAAAACUCCACAUUCACUUUAUCGACUCCUAGUUUAACGAUAUAAUUAAUUUGUUUUGUCACGAGACAUUUCCACGUGGUGCGAUGUUGAACACUGCCUUAUCAGAAUGUUGUUUCAGAAUCACGUGAACCUCGACGAGGAUGGCUCGCUGUCGGACAGAACGCAGGGCAGGAGGCUGCUUUCCUCUCAGAGCAGAGCAGGCAAUAACCAGCCGCUGUGCUGGUCUGGAGCUCCUUCAGGUUUGAGUCUGCUGCUGGCUUGGCAUUCUUCCACAGGCUUUGUAGGCCGCGGGUGGUGGUGGUGGUGUUGCGGGGAGGGGUCACAUCAGGGUCUCAGGCAACUGGGCUAAAUCCUUUCAGACUCUGACGAAGGGUCAAACUUGAACUUUUCAAAGCAUUGCUGUGUACUCACAAUGGAAACAGUUGUGCGGACGUCAAAUUCUCUGUGCGUAGCUUAAAUCUGAGCUGGAUAUUUUUGACAAGAAAUCCAAGUUUUUGGUGUUAACUCCUGAAGUUUUAUUUUAUUUUUUAUUUUCAACAAGUGAAUGUUUGCAUUUAUAUCAGCAGUUACAAAUAUUUAGCAAUAUUAUCCCUGCAUGAGCAAUUCUUUACAUAAAGAUUUCCAUAUUUGUUGUGGAAACAUGAAAGGUGGGAGGGAUCGUCAUGUUUUCUCAUCGAACAGAACAUCCUGUUUGUUUCAUUAUUAAAACUUUUUAUGUUUUUACUGACAUCCAGGAGGAAAAAAAAACAUUCUUUGUCCACAAGAGUAUUAGCCAUCUCCAUGUUAGCAUCAUGAAGUCUCACGUCUGUGCACUGCAUGAAUGUGUUGCCAAAGAACGCUCCAGUUACGUUUUCAUCCUGAAUUCAAUCGUUUUCUGUUCUACUUGAAAUUCUAACCUCUGCGUUGACGCAGCUGUCAGCAGGUUGUUUUUUUGUACUCUUUACACUUUCACUUUGAAAUGAAUGACACUGCAGUCAAACGAGUCCACACGAAUGUAUGUCUUUGCUUCUUUUCAUCAGACAUCAACACUUCUAAUUCUCGAGUGUGUGUGUGUGUGUGUGUGUGUGUGUGUGUGUGUGUGUGUGUGUGUGNGUGUGUGUGUGUGUGUGUGUGUGUGUGUGUGUGUGUGUGUGUGUGAUGACCGCUCCAAUUUAUUACAGGGGAUAGAAAAUGUGCAGCAGCGAGGUCGUUGCUCAUGUUUUAGGCUUUGUAAACUUUAUUAUUAAAGUUUUGAUCUCGUUGACAUGGGGUUGGACUUAAGUUUAGAGAAAAAGUUUGAUUCUUUUUUUUUUUAUUGAUGUGUUGAUAAUGACAUCAAUAAUCAAUAAAAAAAGAAAAAGUUUGAUUCUGACUGCAUUGGUCUAAGUCACYAUCAAAGUGCUGUCAUCAUUUUGGUCCGAAUUAGUUCCUGUUUCUCCAAACUGAGGCUGUUCAAUGAUCUAUCUACAACAGGUAAGAUAUUACUUGUUCAUAACCUUUCCAAAAUCUAAACUCUCUCUUCAGGAUCCACAGCUUGUUUCCUCUGAAAGCCUUUGAGGAGAGUAAUCUGCAAAAAGCUGCUAUAAUUUCAGAUUUUGUAGCAUUUUUUUUAUGUUUCCAGCCUUCCAGCUGGUGACCCCCCCCCCCUUUUUUUUUUGUUUAUCAUGAAGCAGUUUUGACAACAGAGAGGCAAAAUGAGCCAAUUUAGAAAAACAUGGUGGGGAAAAACAUCUUUGAAUGUGAAUACAUGAAUUUAUUUACAUUACAAUCACACUGUUUACACAAAAAUGGUUGUUCACAYUUUUGAUUUCUGACUGCUGCUUUAAAGAGGUUGAUAUGAAUUGUUGUCAUGAAUGUUUUCUAUUUUAUGUUGAUMUAUUGCUGCACACAUCACAGGUAAAAAGAGCCUAUUCUUAUUACUGUAUUAUUAAAAACAACACUAACAACCA